UGGACAAACAAAAGAUAACUAAAAAAUCAGAUAGAAUAAAAUUCAACAGGAAAAGUUCUUUUAGAGGCAACAAAAAGAAAAAAGCUUGAAGAUUAUUGCGAAUGGAUUAUUAUUCCAUUCGAUAUCUAGAGCAUUCUUCUUUUGUAUCGAAUGGAAUAUGCUUUUGUCAUGUCAUGGAGAUUCCCUCUGUUUCUUGGUUUCACCAUCAUUGCUCAUAUAAUCUUAAACCCAUGUCUUUAAUAUAAAUCUUUGUUCUGCAAGAAACUAAACCAUGGCUCUUGAAGCUAUGACAUUGUCUUUAUCCAAUUCUGCCAUGUUUUCAUCAGGUGUUGUUGAAGAUGAUAAGAAGCAAGAAGCAUUUGUUUUCCCCAAAUUUGUUGUGAUGGGUCAUAGAGGUUUUGGGAUGAACAUGCUUCAAUCUCCAGACGAGAAAAUGAAAUUUAUCAAAGAAAAUUCUAUUCUUUCUUUCAGUGUUGCUGCAGAUUUCCCUAUUGACUUCAUUGAGUUCGAUGUCCAGGUAACAAGAGAUGGUUGCCCUGUUAUUUUCCAUGAUAUCUUUAUGUUCACGCAAGAACAGGGAGUGAUUAUUGAGAAAAGAGUAACAGAAAUGGCUUUACAUGAAUUUCUCUCAUAUGGACCACAAGAGGAUGGAACAAAUGUAAAGCCUAUGUUGAGAAAGACAAAAGAUGGUAGAGUUUUCGAAUGGACAGUCGAAAAGGAUGCUCCUUUGUGUACCCUUGAAGAAGCUUUCGUAAAAGUUAAACACUCACUCGGAUUCAAUAUCGAGCUCAAAUUCGAUGAUAAUACCGUUUAUGGAGAAGAAGAGUUACGUCAAACUCUUGACAACAUCUUGAAGGUUGUAAAUGAGCAUUCCAAGAACCGGCCCAUUAUCUUCUCGAGCUUUCAUCCUCAUGCGGUUCGACUCAUUAGAAAUAUGCAAAGGAAUUAUCCUGUAUUCUUCUUAACAAAUGGUGGAUGUGAAAUCUAUAAGGAUGUGAGAAGGAACUCAUUAGACGAGGCCAUAAAGCUUUGCAAAGAAAGCGGUUUGCAAGGGAUUGUAUCUGAGGUUAAGGCCAUAUUAAGAACACCAAACGCAAUCACACGAGUCAAAGAUUCAAAACUUUCACUUCUAUCUUAUGGCCAGCUUAACAAUGUGGUGGAGGUGAUUUACUUACAAUAUCUGAUGGGUGUGGAGGGAGUGAUUGUUGAUAUGGUCAAGGACAUCUCUGAAGCCAUCGCGAAUAUCGAAGUUACAAACAAGGACGAUUGCGAAGAUGACGAUGGAAAAAAGUGUCAGAUUAGGUUUGGAGAGGAGAGGAAAAAGGUGAAAAUUUCUAAGGAUGAGAUCACUUUGUUAACUAAGUUCGUACCAAAACUGCUUCAACAAUGAAGAUUUCGCUUCAUUAACACUUUCGCUUACUUGUAAAUAGACCUAGGAAGCACGGAAGCUUCGUCGAAGGUCCGCUUCCCGCUUCGGAAUCUUAGUCGGAAUCGGAAGCUUUUGGAAGCUUUUAGAAUCUCGUUUCCAUAGCGUUUCCAAAAAAUUUACUUUAGAAGCUCGUUGGAAGCUUACGAUUCCAUUUUAGAAGCUUACGUUUCCAUUUAAAAAAUUUGAUAAUCAAAUAUUAAUAAGAAACAUGAAAUUAUUUUUUA